CAGUUUUUUACAAGCUGCUGCAUGCAGCUCCCUCCACAACGCGUGGGUGAAAGCAGAGGGAAGAUGAGAAGGGCUGUGGAAACUGCAGCUGCCUAACUUGGAAUGAAGACGCUGGAAUGCCCUGUGAGAUGCGCGAAGCCUCCACUCCACUGGUUUUUACGCACGCAAGAAAAGUGAUCUGCAGUGAGGAGAUCUGAAGAAGGUCGCGGGGACUCUUAGAUUUGUGUGUUGCAUUGAAAAAAAAGAGACAAGUUUGCUUCAGAAGCAACUGUUAAUCAGUCAGUAACGAUGAGGAGGAACUUUUCCGCAAGCUGGAUAUUCCGCGGCUGGAUAACAUGGGCCCUUGUCAUCCUUUACGCACAGAAUUCAUUCUCCAAAUCUCUUCAGUGUGAAGAAACACAAUACGUAAGAGGCUCCAAAUGCUGCAACAAGUGUAAACCAGGCUCCCGUGUGCUUUCUCAUUGCAAGAAUUCGCAGCAGACGACAUGUGUUAGUUGUAAUCAUGGUGAAUAUCAGCCUGGCUGGACUCAAGAAACAAGCUGUCAUCUGCAGAGAGUCUGUGAUACAGGAAAAGGUUUUAUGGAGAGGCCUGAAAACUUUGUGACAGAGGAGCCAUGUCGCUGUCGGCGCGGCCUCCAGUGUCACCCCAUCAACUGUGAAUUCUGUGAGAAGAUACCCACCUGCAGCCCCGGUCUUGGUCUUGAAGUGGACCAUGGGUCAACAAGUGGAAGAAAAAUCUGCAUCCCAUGUAAGAAAGGCUUCUUCUCUGCAGAUUAUAAUAUGGAACCAUGCCAACAGUGGACCAAUUGCAGAGCUGGCGGCAGGAAUGAGACACAGCCCGGCAGUGCCCAGGCUGAUGCAGUGUGCGGACUGCCUGCUCCUGGUACAACACCCUCCUGGGCUAUAGUUUCUGUCCUGUUAGUCAUUACUGUUCUAUGUCUCCUCAUUCUGCUGCUCUUCUGCUACAAGGACAAACUAAAGCUGCUCUCUGUUAAUCUUCGAUCCUGUGUCCAGAAUCUGAAGAGGACCAGGAUACAGCAGGAGACUUUGGCUCCUCUUUACCACAGUGGAGCAGCAGGAGGCCCCAAAUGUACACCUUGUGAGAUAACCAAGCUCAUGUGCCAAGCACCCCAAGGUCCUGAAAAUGAUCCCCUGUGCACCUUCCCCACCUCUGGCCCUUAUGUCAGGAUCCCUUUGCCCUUCACAGAGGAAAUGACAAACAAAGGAGGGGUUAAAGUGAGAAAGGUGACAGAGGAUCGAAGCGAAGGAUUGGCUCAACCAGAGGAGGUGUCAGAGGAAGAGGUUGUGAGCGUGUCUCCGCUUUUGGCAGGUUCUUGUGUGUGUGUCAUUCCUGUCCGCGAGCCGCUGGAAGUAGGGGAAAAUGAGGACUGUAGCCAGGCUGUUAGUCCUGGAACACCGGCAUCCUGCUCAUGUGGUGGCCUAGAAGGAGACAGGGAUGGAGAAGAGAACAGAAAAGAGGACAAAAGUGGAGGUGAAAGAGCAAGAGAAGGCAGCAAUGGAAGUCAAGAAAAUACUGCUUCAUCCAUGAGUGAGGCAAGCGUUGCCUCUCUUAUCUCGUUGUCUUCUCCUCUCCUGCACACCGCCUCUGCGAUCUCUCAAUCUAGCUCACCCCCUGAGCUUUGCCUGGCAUUGACACAGGCUCAGCUGAGGUCACAGUUCAAAUGUGACCUGACCGAUAGAUCGCUGGUGAAACAGGAAGGACUACACAGACUGCCGAACACAGACUCCACCUGCACAGAAAAUAGCUUAUCCCCUGCUAUGACCUCAGUCAGCCCCCUGAUGACUUCUAUGUCUGUUGGAAAUCUUCACUCAGACAGUCCCCCUGAGGCUUCAACCCCGGAGCGAGACCAGGGGAUUUCCUGGGGGGAUAGCAGGGAGAACAAGUUCUCUUUGGGAGAGUCAGAACUGGAGUGCUUACCAGAGAGCCUCCACAGUAACCUAGCUGAACCAAGUCUUACCUCAGGUUUGGUUUCUGGGAACCACAACACUACCUUCAUCUCCAGCGGUCAGGUGAUGAACUUCAGCGGCGAAGUCGUCGUCGUCUACGUCAGCCAGACGCCCCACGACAGCGACGAAGGCAGACCGGACGAUGCCUUCAGGAGCCCUGUACAGGAAGAGUCCAGUGAGACAGCUCUGUUUUUACAGAGCAGCCAGAGAUCACAAGGAGACUCCGUUUCCCAGAGGACCUUGCAAGAUGAGACGCUGCCGGUUCAAGAAGUGAUGGAGGGGCAGUUGUCGGACAAGUGAAAAGUGGCCAGUGACUGUUUUAUGUCAAGACGGUGAUUGUCUCCACAGCCAUCAGUUAGACCUUGCACAACUUUCUCUUGGUUACAUCACCUUUUAAUAAUUAAAUUACAGAUAUGUUUAAAUUAAUAGCAUUUACUCUAUUCCAGUUUUUCAUUUUAGACAAAAAAGAAGGAAAGAUUUGUUCUCUGAAUCUUUAAUUUAAGUCUUUUAUGACUUGUUUCCUUUUCUCAAUUUGUGACUGAAUCUUUCCUCAUAUUUUUUCCAGUAGAAAGACUUUUUCAAAUGGAAACUCCCUUCUUCUCAGACAAUGAUGGGGAAUUUAGUUGGGAUGUGGAACUGGGGUUCAGACUGGAAGAACAUAACAUUUUUUUUUUUUAAUGGAAACAUCAACUGGAUCUCGAUACCCAAGAGUUGCUACAUAUUUAAUUUGUCACAUUUGAUCAUGAAGAGCCCAUGUUUCUUUUUCUUAAUACAUCUGCCAUCUGGAUGAUUUUAAGAGUUUCCUUAAAAAAAGAAAAUAUCCACCAUGUGGAAAUCAUUUUCAAUAUUUUCAUGGUAGAAAAUUCAAUUUUCUUGCUGCAAUGAAAUCUGGCAGGACAGAAUCUAAGCUAGCACUGAAGUGGUAAUGAAUUUUUAAGCAUUUCAGAGUGAAUUCUUCUUUUUCUGGUGUGCAGGAUCUAACUGAAGCUAUUUCACGCUUAAAAGACACAUCCAGAUUUGGUAUGAAGCUUGUUUAACCUGUAUGUAGACUUUGUUUAUUUCUCUCUUUAUUGCACCACGAGUGCAGUUUAAGAAAAACAAAAAUGCUAUGCAUUUGUUAAGCUAUUUUAUUAGUUUGUUUUUCAUUUUAUUAUUAUGUGCAAGCAUUGAUGAAGAAAUGCCCAUUGUUUAUUAAGGUGUGUUUAAAAUCAUUUUGAAAAUCCUUUAUGUAUUUUUUAGAGGUUGCAAAAAGUGAUGAUUUUUGUACAGAUUUCUAAGAAGUAUGAUGUAUUUUUGAUGUGUUUUUAUUCUUUCAUUUUAUUUGUGAUGUGGAUGUGUGAAAUCAAGUGACACCCCUGUCAGUGGGCAAAAUCCGCACAUUUGAAAACUUUAAAGCAACACUACAUAACUUUCUGACCUUAAAACUCUGUGCUUCUGAGUCGUUUUGAUGGUACACUGACAUUAUCUAUGCACUUGGAGCCCUCAUGGCCCUGCAGCAGCCCGGACCUGAGAAACCACAAACUUAUUUUUUUUCCAGACCGGGGCAUCUCAUGACAGCUGCUUAUUUCGCUUAACGGCACCUGCACCACACACCAGCAACCGGAUAUCAACACACUGGCUAAAGGUGCAGCUUUGCUGAUUCGGCAAAGAAAUCAAAGAGAAAAUUAUCGGAGGAAGCGAGAAAAAGAAAGGGAGAAAAUGAGAGAGCAAGAGAUGUGAGAUGAGUUGACAUCAAACAGACUUUUACUAGCUGGAGAGAGCUCAGAGAAGAGACAGGAUUCAAGACAAGUACUGAAUUAGCCUUUAAUAGAGGGAGCCAAAGUUAGAAAGUCUGAUAAAGUUAAGUAGUGUUGCUUUAAAGAAGCUGUUAAACCACAACCUCACCAGCUUUAACAAAUCAACUUUAAAAAGAAAAAAAAAGAAAAAAUCAUGUACAUAUGAAUGAAACAUGUUGCAAUGAAUAAAUGAAAGACUAUUUUGAUUGUAGAUUAAAUGUUCUUUGCAUCUAAUUCUUUCACUAAUGGCUGACAUCCUGCAUUCUGUGGUUUCUCGCUGUCAAAUAUCCUAUUUUUGUGACAGACAAAUGGCAAUGAAAGGUUUGUUGAUCUCAUGAUGAUCUAUAAUCUCUGUGAAGCAAUUUUAAUUACAUAUGUGGCAAAGCCUU